AUGCCGGCCUUAUCUCGGAAACUCUACUCCAAUGGCGGCUCCCACUCACCGUCGUGGUCGCGCCGCCCUCGUGUCUACGACUGCCACGUGUUCAGAUUCCCAGUCCCACGCCUCGUCGCUCUUGACUCUCCCCACUCGCCGUGUGUUCGCGGAAGACAGCAAUCACCGCGCCCAUCCCGCUCCCCGCAAACCGCCCCCCGCCAAGCCCGCUUCCGCCCCGCCCACCUCCUCCAUCCGCGCAACGGCUGCGAGAAACCGCGCAGCGCGAAGCGGCAGAAACAGUAG